AUGAGACACGCAAAACCACGGAUCACUGAGUUAGAAUUGAGAGACUCCACUGAUAAGUGUCCCGUUCUUCUCGUUCCUACGCUGGAAUUCGGGCAGUGCCUGUGGCUGCGGCCCGAGGGGUCGCUGGAAAGGGGAGGGGAAGCUGGCGGGGACCCCCUGGGCAGCGUCAGGCUCUGGCAGGGCCGGCAGCAGAGGGCAGGAGGCUGUGGCUCCCGGCGCAGCCCCGGGUGCUCCGGAGGGGCGGGUCGGGGUGCGGGUCUCCCCGCCCGGAACGGGUUGCGGGGCCGGCCCGUGGGACCUGCGGCGCCUCCUCCCCGGCAGCAGGGGGCACUGCGGCACAGCUGCCCGGCGGGCACUAGGACCCCGCGGCCUGGAAAGAAAGAACUUUCAACUACCAAGAAAGAUCGAGUGAAUCAUUGCCUAACAAUAUGUGAAAACAUAGUUGCUCAGUCUUUAAGAAAUUCUCCAGAAUUCCAGAAACUGCUGGGGAUUGCUAUGGAACUCUUUCUCCUCUGCAGUGAGGAUACAGAAUCUGAUGUCCGGAUGGUUGCUGAUGAAUGCCUUAAUAAAGUUAUUAAAGCUUUGAUGGAUUCCAAUCUUCCUAGGUUACAAUUAGAACUGUAUAAAGAGAUUAAAAAGAAUGGUGCUUCCAGAAGUCUGCGUGCUGCACUCUGGAGAUUUGCUGAGCUUGCCCAUCUAGUUCGGCCUCAAAAGUGCAGGCCAUACUUAGUGAACCUUUUGCCCUGUCUAACACGGAUAAGUAAGAGACCCGAAGAGUCGGUACAGGAGACACUAGCUGCAGCAAUACCAAAAAUCAUGGCGGCCUUUGGCAAUUUUGCAAACGACAAUGAGAUUAAGGCUUUAUUGAAGGCUUUCAUAGCUAAUCUGAAAUCGAGCUCCCCUACUAUCCGUCGAACAGCAGCAGGAUCAGCAGUGAGCAUCUGUCAACAUUCACGAAGAACACAGUAUUUCUAUGCCUGGUUAUUGAAUGUACUUUUAGGCUUGUUGGUUCCUGUAGAAGAUGAUCAUCCUACUCUUCUAAUUCUGGGUGUUUUACUUACACUAAGAUAUCUCAUACCUUUAUUGCAACAACAAGUAAAGGAUACCAGCCUGAAAGGCAGUUUUGGAGUAACAAGAAAAGAAACAGAGAUUUCGCCUUCCCCAGAACAACUUAUACAGGUUUAUGAAUUGACUCUGUAUUACACCCAGCAUCAGGACCAUAAUGUUGUGACUGGAGCUUUAGAGUUAUUACAACAGCUCUUUAGAACACCACCACCUGAACUUCUCCAUGCCCUGACUGCUUCAGGGGGCAUUGCACAGGUCAGUGUAUCCAGAGAUGAAUCUGCCAGCAGGAGCCGCAGUGGGAGCAUCGUGGAACUUAUUGCUGGAGGGGGGUCUUCAUGCAGCCCUGUUCUUGCAAGAAAACAUAAAGGUAAAAUACUACUUGGUGAAGAAGAAGGUUUGGAGGAUGAUCCUGAAACCCGCUCAGAUGUCAGCUCUGCAUCCUUUGCAGCUUCUGUGAAGGGUGAGAUAACCAGUGAACUAGCUACUUCAUCAGGAGUAUCAACAGCUGGGUCAGUAGGGAGUUCAUCUGCUGAUUCUACAGGACAUGACAUCAUCACGGAGCAGCCACGUUCCCAACAUACGCUGCAGUCAGACUCUGUAGACCUGCCAAGCUGUGAUUUGACAAGUACAACCACUGAAGGGGAAGAAGAUGAUGUGCUUAGCCGAAGCUCCAGCCAGAUCAGUGCUGUCCAGUCAGAUCCUACUAUGGACUUGAAUGAUGGGACACAGGCUUCCUCACCAAUUAGUGAUAGCUCUCAGACUACUACCGAAGGUCCAGACUCUGCUGUAACACCUUCUGACAGUUCUGAAAUUGUUUUGGAAGGUGCCGAAGGACAGUACUCAGGAAUGCAGAUUGGGCAACUGCAGGAUGAGGAAGAUGAGGCUGCAAAUAUUCUCCAAGAUGAUUCAUCUGAGUCUUUCAGAAAUUCUUCUAUUGCUCUGCAGCAGCCUCACCUGUUGAAAACCAUGAGCCAUAGUAGGCAGCCUUCUGAUAGCAGUGUGGAUAGAUUUACAUCAAAAGAAGAUGCAGCAGAUUCUGGUGAUCAUGAAAAUAAGCCCUCCAGAGUGAAAGGAGACAUAGGUCACUAUACCGAUGAAAAUUCUGCUCCUUUAGUGCACUGUGUUAGGCUUCUGUCAGCCUCUUUCCUACUUACGGGUGAGAAAGGAGCUUUAGUUCCUGACAGAGAUGUGAGAGUCAGUGUAAAAGCCCUGGCAGUAAGUUGUGUUGGAGCAGCUGUUGCUCUUCACCCUGAGUCUUUCUUCAGCAAACUGUAUAAAACACCCCUGGAAGCAAUGGGAGAAGAGUAUGAGGAGCAGUAUGUGUCAGAUAUUCUGAACUACAUUGACCAUGGAGAUCCCCAGAUUAGAGGAGCUACUGCCAUUCUGUGUGGAACAAUUGUCAACUCCAUUCUAAUUAAAUCCCGCUUUGAUGUGGAAAAAUGGCUCAUCAAUGUCAGAUGCUCAACAGGAAAUCUCUUUUCCUUGGUAGACUGCAUACCUCUGUUACAGAAAACACUGAAGGAUGAGUCCUCUGUUACAUGCAAACUGGCUUGUACAGCUGUGAGACAUUGCAUCAUGAGCUUAUGUAGUAGCAGUUACAGUGAACUAGGUUUACAAUUAAUUGUUGACCUCCUUACACUGAAGAAUAGCUCAUAUUGGCUAGUAAGGACUGAACUUCUGGAAACACUUGCAGAGGUAGAUUUUCGGCUAGUCAGCUUCUUGGAGGGAAGAACUGAGAGCUUGCACAGAGGUGUUCAUCAUUAUACUGGUCUACUGAAACUUCAGGAGAGAGUGCUUAAUGAUGUUGUAAUAUGUCUGCUUGGAGAUGAAGAUCCAAGAGUGAGACAUGUAGCUGCAGCUUCAUUAAUGAGGCUUGUUCCAAAGCUAUUUUAUAACUGUGAUCAAGGACAAGCCGAUCCAGUUGUGGCAGUAGUACGGGACCAGAGCAGUGUCUACCUGAAACUAUUAAUGCAUGAGACUCAGCCUCCUUCUCACUUUGCAGUGAGCACAAUCACCAGAACAUACAGAGGUUACAAUAUGCUGCAAAGUCCAACAGAUGUCACUAUGGAAAAUAAUCUAUCAAGAGUUAUUGCAGCAAUUUCCCAUGCAUUGACAAUAUCCACUACAAGAGCACUUACAUUUGGCUGCUGUGAAGCUUUGUGUCUUCUCUCCACAACAUUUCCAGUGUGCACCUGGAGUGUGGGAUGGCACUGUGGUGUUUCCCAGCCAAGUCCUUCAGAUGAAGCUCAGAAAGGCUGCACCAUUGGAAUGGCUGGCAUGGUCCUGUCUCUCCUUUCAUCAGCAUGGUUCCCACUGGACCUCUCUGCACAUCAGGAUGCUUUGAUUUUGACUGGAAACUUGCUUGCAGCAUGUGCUCCUAGGUGCUUAAAGAAUCCCUGGAGUGCUGAAGAAGAUUCAAACCAAGGUGCUGCAAAGCAGGAGGAACCCUGGCCAGCUCUGGCAGAUCGAGCUCUGAUUUCUUUAGUAGAACAACUUUUUUCUCAUCUGCUCAAGGUCAUUAAUAUUUGUGCCCAUGUAAUGGAUGAUGUUGCUCCUGGCCCAUCAGUAAAGGCAGCGUUGCCUUCUCUCACAAACCCACCUUCUCUUAGUCCAAUUCGGAGAAAGGGGAAAGAGAGAGAGUCUGUUGAGCAGUCAUCUGUGCCAAUGAGCCCUAAAAAGGGUGGUGAAGCAAGUCCAGCCACUAGGCAAACUGAUGCUACUGGGCCUGUUCCAACAAGUAAAUCAUCUUCAGUAGGAAGCUUUUAUCAUCUUACAUCGUAUCUGAAGUUGUACGAUGUCUUGAAAGCAACCCAUGCUAAUUAUAAGGUUACUUUGGAUCUCCAGAACAGUAAUGAAAAGUUUGGAUGUUUCUUACGGUCUGCCUUAGAUGUUCUGUCUCAAAUUUUGGAACUCGCUACUCUUCAAGAUAUUGGAAAGUGCGUAGAAGAAAUUUUGGGUUACCUAAAAUCGUGUUUCAACAGAGAACCAACAAUGGCAACAGUUUGUGUACAGCAGUUAUUGAAGACAUUGUUUGGGACAAAUCUGGCUUCUCAGUACGAUGGCUUGUCUUCAAACCCCAACAAAGCUCAAGGCAAAGCUCAGCGCUUGGGUUCUUCCAAUCUGAGACCUGGUCUCUAUCAUUACUGCUUCAUGGCACCAUACACACAUUUCACACAGGCCCUUGCUGAUGCUAGUCUAAGGAACAUGGUUCAAGCUGAGCAGGAACACGAUGCUUCAGGAUGGUUUGAUGUGCUGCAGAAAGUUUCUACGCAGCUGAAAACUAGCAUAACCAGUGCAGCAAAACAUCGUGCUGAUAAGAAUGCUAUUCACAAUCACAUUCGUUUAUUUGAACCCCUUGUCAUAAAAGCAUUGAAACAAUACACAACAACAACAUCAGUACAGCUGCAGAGACAAGUUCUAGAUUUGCUUGCUCAACUGGUUCAGCUACGAGUUAACUACUGUCUUCUGGAUUCAGAUCAGGUUUUUAUUGGAUUUGUGCUAAAGCAGUUUGAAUACAUUGAAGUAGGACAGUUCAGGGAGUCUGAAGCAAUUAUUCCUAAUAUCUUCUUUUUCCUGGUGUUGCUGUCUUACGAGCGGUAUCAUUCCAAGCAGAUAAUCGGAAUUCCCAAGAUCAUUCAAUUGUGUGAUGGUAUCAUGGCCAGUGGGAGAAAAGCUGUUACACAUGCAAUACCAGCUCUGCAACCCAUUGUUCAUGACCUCUUUGUGUUGAGAGGAACAAAUAAAGCAGAUGCUGGAAAAGAGUUGGAAACGCAAAAGGAGGUGGUAGUGUCAAUGCUGCUGAGACUUAUUCAGUACCAUCAGGUGCUAGAAAUGUUCAUCUUAGUAUUGCAGCAGUGUCAUAAAGAAAAUGAAGACAAAUGGAAAAGAUUGUCACGUCAAAUAGCUGACAUUAUUCUCCCAAUGCUUGCAAAACAACAGAUGCAUAUAGACUCUCAUGAUGCUCUGGGAGUACUGAACACCUUGUUUGAAAUUUUGGCUCCUUCCUCCCUUCGCCCUGUGGAUAUGCUUUUAAGGAGUAUGUUUGUUACUCCUAAAACAAUGGCAUCAGUGAGCACUGUCCAGCUAUGGAUUUCUGGAAUUUUAGCUAUCCUUAGAGUUCUGAUUUCACAGUCAACAGAAGACAUUGUUCUGUCCCGUAUACAAGAGCUUUCCUUCUCACCGUAUUUGAUUUCAUGUCAAGCAAUUAACAGACUGAGAUGUGGGGAAAAUAAUGCAGCUGCACCAGAGGAUCACACUGAGGUUAAACAGGCUAAAUACCUGCCUGAAGAGACAUUUUCUAGGUUCUUAUUACAACUGGUUGGCAUUCUACUGGAAGAUAUUGUUACCAAACAAUUGAAAGUGGACAUGAAUGAGCAGCAGCAUACUUUCUACUGCCAGGAGCUGGGCACACUGCUUAUGUGCUUAAUACAUAUCUUCAAAUCAGGGAUGUUUAGAAGAAUCACAGCUGCAGCUACCAGGCUUUUCACAGGAGAUGGAUCAGAUGGUAGUUUCUAUACCCUUGAAAGUUUGAGUGACCUUGUUCAAUCCAUGAUUCCCACACACCCUUCUUUAGUUCUCCUCUGGUGUCAAAUCCUGCUUCUUGUCAAUUAUACCAACUACAACUGGUGGUCAGAAGUUCAUCAAACCCCAAAGAGACACAGUCUUUCUACAACUAAAUUGCUUAGCCCUCAGAUAUCUGGAGACAGUGAUGAAUCAAAUUCAGUGUCUAAACGUGGCAUGUGCAAUCGAGAGAUAGUGAGAAGAGGAGCACUCAUUCUUUUUUGUGACUAUGUUUGUCAAAACCUGCAUGAUUCAGAACACUUGACCUGGCUUAUUGUGAAUCACGUUCAAGACUUGAUUAAUCUGUCCCAUGAGCCUCCAGUACAGGACUUCAUUAGUGCUGUGCACAGGAACUCGGCAGCCAGUGGUCUCUUCAUCCAGGCCAUUCAGUCACGGUGUGAGAAUCUUGCAGCUCCCACAACUCUGAAGAAGACUUUGCAGUGCUUAGAGGGAAUACAUCUCAGCCAGUCUGGGGCUGUCCUAACACUGUAUGUUGAUAAGCUCCUGUGUACCCCAUUCCGUGUGCUUGCUCGCAUGGUUGACAUGCUGGCUUGUCGUCGAGUUGAAAUGCUUUUGGCUGCAACUUUACAGAACAGCAUUACUCAGUUACCAGUUGAAGAACUGGAUAGAAUUCAGGAAUACCUUCAGAACAGUGGAUUAGCAACAAGACACCAAAGACUUUACUCACUCUUGGAUAGGUUUCGUCUUAUGGUAGCACCAGACACAACUAGUCCUUCACCUCUGGUUACCUCACACCCACUAGAUGGAGAAGACCAACCAGCUUUAGAGAAUGUAAUCCUAGACAAAGACUGGUAUGUGUCUCUAGUGAGGUCACAGUGUUGGAUCAAGUCUGACUCGGCACUGCUAGAAGGUGCAGAGCUGGUAAAUAGGAUUCCUCAGCCUGACCUGAACUCCUUCAUGACCAGCAAGGAAUUCAACCUAAGCUUGUUAGCACCUUGUUUAAGCCUUGGCAUGAAUGAAAUAUCAAGAGACCAAAGGAGCAGCUUCUUUGAAACAGCUCGGAGGGUAACUCUGGAUCAUGUGUCUACCACUGUGCAAAACCUUCCUGCCAACCACCAGGUUUUUCAACCGCUGUUGCCAACUGAGCCAUCAGCCUACUGGAAAAAACUAAGUGAUAUCUUUGGAGAUGAAGUCAUGUAUCAGUCUAUGAUGACCCUAUGUCGUGCACUGGCUCAGUAUUUGUUGUUACUCUCAAAACUACCAGCUGGUCUCCGUGUUCCUUCUGACAAAGAGGAUGAUAUCCUGAAAUUCAUGGUUAUGUCAGUAGAGGCACUGUCAUGGCGUUUAAUGCAUGACCAGAUCCCACUGAGUAUAGAUCUUCAAGCUGCUCUGGAUUGUUGCUGUCUGACAUUACAGCAGCCUAGUCUUUGGAAUUUACUGGCUUCUGCAGUUAAUGUGACAUAUGCGUGCUCCUUAAUUAAUUGCAUUAGAUUUAUCAUAGAAGCAGUUGCAGUUGAACCCGGUAAUCAACUUCUUAGUCCUGAAAGAAAGAAGAAUACAUCAAAAGGCUUAAUUGAGGGUGAAGUUGAUUCAAACACACAGAAAACUAAACACAUUGCUGCAGCUUGUGAAAUGGUAGCUGAGAUGGUGGAAUGCUUACAGACUGUCUUGUCGCUGGGGCACAAAAGAAACAGCUGUAUUCCAGCCUUUCUGACUCCUGUCCUCAAGAAUAUCAUCAUCAGUUUAGCAAGGCUGCCUCUAGUGAACAGCUAUACAAGAGUACCUCCCUUGGUCUGGAAAUUAGGCUGGUCACCAAAGCCUGCAGGUGACUUUGGCACAGUUUUUCCUGAAAUCCCAGUAGAAUUCCUUCAAGAAAAAGAAAUCUUUAAGGAGUUCAUCUAUCGCAUUAAUACACUUGGAUGGAUCAGCCGUACUCAGUUUGAAGAGACUUGGGCUACUUUGCUUGGUGUGCUCGUAACUCAACCUAUUGUAAUGGACCAAGAGGAGAACCAACAAGAGGAAGAUACAGAGAGGACCCAAAUUAAUGUUCUUGCAGUACAAGCCAUAACUUCCUUGGUGCUGAGUGCAAUGACAAUACCUGUUGCAGGCAAUCCAGCAGUUAGCUGUUUGGAACAGCAGCCCCGCAACAAAGCUUUAAAAGCUCUGGACACAAGGUUUGGGAGGAAGCUGAGUGUUAUCAGGGGAAUUGUUGAACGGGAAAUCCAAGCAAUGGUAUCUAAGAGAGAUAAUAUUGCAACUCAUCACUUAUACCAAGCUUGGGAUCCUGUUCCAUCACUUUCUCCUGCUACUACAGGUGCUCUUAUCAGCCAUGAAAAGCUCUUGCUGCAGAUCAAUACUGAACGAGAAAUAGGAGAUAUGGAUUAUAAACUGGGACAGGUCUCUAUACAUUCCAUAUGGUUAGGAAACAAUAUCACUCCACUGAGAGAAGAGGAGUGGGGUGAAGAUGAAGAAGAUGAGAAUGACAUACCUGCUCCUUCCUCACCACCAACCUCUCCUAUUAACACAAGGAAGCACCGGGCUGGUGUAGAUAUCCAUUCUUGUUCUCAGUUCUUGCUUGAACUGUACAGUCAGUGGAUAUUGCCUUCAAACCCCAGCAAGAGGACACCAGUCAUCUUGAUUAGUGAAGUAGUGCGAUCACUUCUGGCAGUAUCAGACUUAUUUACAGAAAGGAAUCAGUUUGAGAUGAUGUAUACAACACUGACAGAACUGCGGAAGGUACAUCCAUCAGAAGAUGAGAUUCUUGUACAGUAUUUGAUACCAGCCACUUGUAAAGCUGCUGCUGUUCUUGGAAUGGAUAAAGCUGUGGCUGAACCAGUAAGUCGGCUGCUGGAAUCAACCCUAAGAAGCACUCAUAUGCCAAGUCGGAUUGGAGCUCUGCAUGGAAUUCUUUAUAUCCUUGAGUGUGACCUGCUUGAUGAGACAGCAAAGCAACUCAUUCCAAUUAUCAGCGAGUAUCUGCUCUCCAAUUUGAGAGGAGUAGCACAUUGUGUAAACAUCCAUAACCAACAGCACAUCUUGGUAAUGUGUGCAGCUGCUUUCUAUUUGAUCGAGAACUACCCACUUGAUGUAGGGCCUGAAUUCUCUGCAGGAAUUAUACAGAUGUGUGGAGUCAUGGUGUCUGGAAGUGAUGAGUCAACACCGUCCAUUAUUUAUCAUUGUGUCCUGAGAGGAUUAGAAAGACUCCUUCUUUCAGAGCAACUUUCUAGGCUGGAUAGUGAAUCACUAGUUAAACUGAGUGUGGACAGAGUGAAUGUACAGAGCCCCCACAGAGCAAUGGCAGCACUUGGACUGAUGCUGACUUGCAUGUAUACAGGAAAGGAAAAAAUCAGCCCCAGUCGUAACACAGAUGCAAAUCCCUCUGCUCCAGACAGUGAAUCUGUGAUCGUAGCUAUGGAACGAGUUUCUGUCCUUUUUGAUAGGAUUAGGAAGGGAUUUCCUUUUGAAGCCAGAGUGGUGGCUCGAAUCCUUCCACAGUUCCUUGAUGAUUUUUUCCCCCCACAAGACGUAAUGAAUAAAGUUAUUGGAGAAUUUCUAUCCAAUCAGCAACCUUACCCUCAGUUCAUGGCAACAGUAGUUUAUAAGGUAUUCCAGACACUACAUAGCACUGGACAGUCCUCAAUGGUCCGUGACUGGGUGAUGCUGUCUCUCUCUAAUUUCACACAAAGAACACCUGUGGCAAUGGCAAUGUGGAGUCUUUCCUGUUUUUUUGUCAGUGCUUCCACCAGUCAAUGGAUUUCAGCAAUUCUUCCACAUAUUAUCAGCCGAAUGGGAAAAUCUGAGCAAGUGGAUGUGAACAUCUUCUGUUUGGUGGCCAUAGACUUUUACCGACAUCAAAUAGAUGAAGAAUUAGAUCGGAGGGCCUUUCAGUCAGUGUUUGAAGUGGUAGCAUCUCCAGGAACCCCUUAUCAUCGACUACUAACUUGUUUGCAGAAUGUCCACAAGGUCACAGCAUGUUGAACAUCCUGAUAUGUAAUGGAACUGCAUGAUGAGUGUUGAAAUCUGAUAUGAAUGCAAGAUGAAGAGCGUAUCUGGGGUUGCAUUUGUGAUAAGUAUGAACCUUCCGGUUUUACUUCCAGAAUGCAUGGACAAGUGCUCUGCAGCACUG